AUGGGAGCGGCGAGCAUCAAGGGUUUGGUUCUGAUGGAGACGGUGUUCCCGAGUCCCGACGGCUACACGGUGUUCGAUGAUCCCCAGAUGAAGAAGCAGCUGGUGAAGGAGCUCAAGAAGGGCACCAUCAAGCCCCCCACCGCCAGCGACGAACUAGACAUCGAUGAAGACCUUGAAACAAAAAUAGAUCAGAUGGCGCGAGAGAUCUGGCAGUUCUACGAUCCCAAGAAUCUGGGCAGCAUCAACAAGAAGGCGGCCGAGAAGUUCCUGAAGGAUUGCUUCCAGCUCUACUCCCUUCGCAAGCGCUGCAAGGCCCCCAAGGAGGCUCUUGGCCCGG